GACGCGGCACCGCGUGUACUGUGUUGUCAAAGUCUGAGAGAAGCCCAAGUCCCGGAAGCGGUGAGUUCUGAGGAAAGUUCUUGCACUUGAGCGCCCGAGCCUGCGAACCCCCAACUAUGAGUGUCCCGGGAAUACAGUCCUUUACCCAGCAGGGCUGGGACCAGGUGCUGGCCAAACUGAAACGCGCUGUGGUGUACCUGGACGCCGCCUGCGCCGAGAGCCUGCACUGGGGCUGCGGGUCCGCCGCGCUCCUGGAGGCGGUGGGGGGUCCUGAGUGUCACCUGCGGGAGUUCGAGCCCACAGCAGCUGGUGGCGGAGCUAAACAGCCCAAGGCGGUGUUUGUGCUGAGCUGCCUGCUGAAAGGCCGAACCGUGGAGACUCUACGGAACAUCAUCUGCCGCAGUCACUUCCAGUAUUGCGUGGUGGUCACGGCCGUGAGCCACGCCGUCCACCUCACGGCUAAUCAGGUGCCGGCGGCGGCAGCGGCGGAGCUGGAGGGGCAGCAGCCGGUGUUUGAGCAACUGGAGGAGAAGCUGUGUGAGUGGAUGGGCAACAUGAACUACACCGCCCAGGUGCUGCACAUCCCGUUGUUGCUAGCCCCUGCUGCUCCCCACCUCGCCUUGACUCCAGCCUUUGCUUCCCUUUUUCCACUGCUACCUCAGGAUGUGCAUGUUCUUAAUAGUGCCCGACCAGACAAGAGGAGGCUGGGGAGCCUGGGUGAGGUGGAUGCCUCUGCCCUGCCCCCUGAGCUGCUACUGCAGAUCAGGUGCUUGGUGUCAGGCCUCAGUUCUCUGUGUGAACAUUUAGGAGUACGGGAGGAGUGUUUUGCUGUAGGUUCCUUCAGUCGGAUCAUAGCUGCAGAUCUGGCCAAUUAUGCCCCUGCGAAGAACAGGAGGAAGACUUCUGCAAGCAGGGCCUCAGUGGUCUUUGUGGACAGAACUUUGGAUCUCACAGGAGCGGUUGGACAUCAUGGAGACAACUUGGUAGAGAAGAUCAUUUCAGUGCUUCCCCAGCUUCCUGGCCACACCAAUGAUGUGAUGGUUAACAUGGUAGAGCUCACUGCACUGCAGAGUGAAGAAGAGAAUCAGAAUAUGGUUGCACCGGGCUGCCUCGCACAAUCCAAUGACCCUGCAGCCAAAGCUCUGUGGGAAGCCUUACUGAACACCAAGCACAAAGAGGCAGUGAUGGAAGUCCGGAGACAUCUAGUGGAAGCAGCAAGCAGAGAAAACCUGCCAAUCAAGAUGAGUAUGGGGAGAGUCACUCCGGCACAACUCACAUCCUAUAUUCAGCUCUUCAAGAACAACCUCAAAGCUCUAGUGAAUCACUGUGGACUCCUGCAGCUUGGGCUGGCCACUGUUCAAACUCUGAAACACCCGCAGACUGCCAAGUGGGACAACUUUCUGGCUUUUGAAAGGCUCCUUCUCCAGAGCAUCAAGGAGUCGACAAUGCCUGUUGUGUUAAAUCAGCUGCUGCCCAUGAUUAAGCCUUCAAAUCAGAGGACCAGCGAUGACUACAGCCCUGAAGAGCUGUUGACCCUCCUAAUAUACAUUUAUUCUGUCACUGGAGAGUUCACAGAGGACAAAGACCUGGCUGAAACUGAAGAAAAAGUGAAGAAAGCAUUGGCUCAAGUCUUUUGUGAGGAGUCUGAAUUGUCACCUUUGUUGCAGAAAAUCACAGGCUGUGAUUCUUCAGUUAACCUGACAUUUCAGCAAUCCAAAACCGCCGUGGACAAGCUCUUCACUUUGCUCCAGGAUAUUGCCGGAGCUCGGAGUCUCAUGAAACAGUUCAAGUCUGUGUAUGUUCCUGGAAACCAUACCCACCAGGCAUCCUACAAGCCGUUGCUGAAGCAGGUUGUGGAGGAAAUAUUUGAUCCCGAAAGGCCAGAUCCUGUUGAUAUUGAACACAUGUCGUCAGGCCUCACUGAUCUCCUUAAAACUGGAUUUAGCAUGUUCAUGAAGGUGAGCCGGCCUCAUCCCAGCGACCACCCUCUCCUGAUCCUCUUCGUGGUCGGCGGAGUCACAGUCUCUGAGGCAAAAAUGAUCAAAGACCUUGUGCCGUCUCUGAAACCAGGAGCCCAGGUAAUCGUUCUGUCCACACGACUCCUGAAGCCACUCGACAUGCCUGAGCUGUUAUUUGCAACUGAUCGGCUGCAUCCAGACCUCAGCUUCUGAGCACCUCCUAAGAGGAUGAGACUGACCCGAGAUGGAAACACCAAUACCAUCACCUCUUACCAUUCAAGACAUGCCUCCAAAUCCAGUGUCCCUGGUACUAUAUGUCAGUAAGACUGAAUUCUGUCCCAAGGCCUUGAGAACCAUGCAGCAAAGUAGUUUGCUUGGAUUCCUGUGAUUCUUUAAAAAAAGAAAUUAUUUUUCAUUCUCCUAAAGGUGCUGGCUGUCUUUCAGCUGGCCUAAUUCACACUAAUUCCCAUUUAUUCUUAAUCCUGUAUUUGUCAUCUUCCUGAUUCCACCUGCAAGGUCAGUAAUUCUAAAUAAAUGCCUGUUGGUGAGUAUUGGUAGAUGACAAGCCCUUUGAUCCGCAGAUGCACAAAAAGAAUUUAAGACAUGCUUUAGAAUUAUAAAUGUGAGGAAAGUUUUGUUUUCCCCCCUUAAGAUUAUAUUACUGAGGAAGGAACCUUGCAAAAAGGAUCUGAGGCUUUGUUUCCCUCUUGAUCUGAGACAUUUUUGCAAAGGGGAGGAAAGGAGAGGGGAUGGGCCAGGGCAGCUCUGGUUGUGAAUCAGCCUCCAUGACAAAAGGCUGCAUUGUCCCAGCCUGCAGUGCCCGGCAGGGCCGCCAGCCUACUGGGAACCUAGUGGGAGAGAGGCUGAUUGGAGGGCUGUCUGCCUGUAAAAGGUCCCCUCCCCACCCAGAGGAAGGCCCCAUAAAGAUAUCUGGUCCCAGGGAGUCUCCUUUUGAACCCCAACCCCUCUGACUUUUGUGAUUUAGCUUCUAUUGAAAUAUAAAGCUUUCUUUUCUAUAAGUCUAAAUUUUCCUUCUGGCCAUAGAAGAAACACCUAGAAUCCACCUAGUGAAAUUAUGUAAGAAUUCUGGCAAAAAUUAAAUCAGACAUUUGUAGGUGUGCAGUUGAUGGAAACUUCUAGCAUCUCUAAAAGGUGUUUGUAAUAAAAAGACAAAGCUGAAACAGUGUCCAGAGUGGAUUAAACAGGUGGAGGAAAUAAAAUACAAAUCAAAACACGUGUCUCCAUUUUAAUUCUCUACAAAACACUGGUUUUAUGAAAAAAACUGUGAAGUGGGAAAUCAUUCUGAGACGUAAUCAAAGCAGGUUUUACAGACACUGGACAUUUUUUUUGUCAAAAAAUGUUUUCCACCUGAUACCAGUUCUUUCAUGGUGCUCGGUAAUGGAGACCUCAGGUGCUCCUUUCAUUUAGCUAAUCUAGAAGUUUGAAUAAGAAAAUAGCGAAGUCACUAUUUUCUAAAAUAAAAUAAAAAUUAAGGACCCUGC